AUGGACUGCACUCAAGCGCAGAAGGUUCGGUAUGGAACUCAUAUGCUGGCAGUCGAAGCUGAUGACUGGUGGCUAGAGACUCGUCAGAGAUUAGAGGUGGUAGGUGAAGAGAUCACUAGGGUUGUGUUCCGUAGAGAGUUUCUUAUGAAGUAUUAUCCUGAAGAUGUUCCGGGUAAGAAAGAGACUGAGUUCCUUGAGCUGAAACAGGGAAAUAUGUUAGUGACAAAGUAUGCUGCAAAGUUCACUGAGUUGGCUAAGAUCUACCUAUAUUAUGAUGGAGUAGGUUCUGAUUUUUCAAAGUGCAUCAAGUUUGAGAAUGGAUUGCGCUCUAAGAUCAAGAAAGUUGUUGGGUAUCAGAAGAUUCGUAUCUUUUCUGAUUUGGUUGAUAGUUGCAGAACUUUUAAAGAAGAUCAUAAUACACAUUACAAAAUUGUCAAGGAUAGGAGAGGUAAAGCAGAUGUGGCUGAUAGCAAGAGAACUAGUAGAGGAGAAGCUCUUGCUAGCGUCAUUUGUUUCAAUUACGGGAAACCUGGUCAAAAGAGUAAUGCGUGCAACCUCGAGGUGAAGAAAUGUUUUCGUUGGGGUAAGAUGGGACAUGCUAUGUCAGAUUGUAAGCAUAGGGAAAUUGUUUAUUUUAACUUUAGUGAAGAAGGACACAUUGGGAGUCAAUGUCUGAAGCAAAACAAGACGCAAUCUGGUGGAAAAGUGUUCGCGUUGGCGGGAAGUCAGACUGAUGGAGGGAACGAGCACAUUGGAGGUACUAUUGAAGUAAGUUGGUUUUGUCCCGAAUUUGGACAAGGUUUGGUUGUAGGCUCAAAUAGCCAAAGUGGAAAGCUGUUUAAGUUGUUGUUUCUGUUGUCGUUGUUUUGA